AUGAUCUUCGUCAACCUCGCCCAACUAAUCCAAAUGUACCCCUACGGCUCCGGCAUCUCCUCCGCCGUCUCCAUCGCCACCUCCCUCUACUACAACGUCCAAACCUCCACGCAGAUCAUCCCGCCCGAGGCGGAGGCCCAGAUCACCCACGACGCCGCCUGGAUCGCCGCCGCAUACCCGCUCACGCAAGGAACGUUUGUCCUCAUGGGCGGGCGGUUGGGCGAGGUGUACGGACAUAAAACGGUUUUGAUGGGCGCGUGCGCGUGGUGGUUGGUCUGGAAUCUCGUCGCGGGGUUCGCGCCGGGUGUGAUUACGCUGUGCGUCUUUAGAGGCCUUUCGGGGAUUGGAGGCGGGCUUAUCACGCCGAAUGCGGUGGCUUUGCUGGGGGUGACGUUUCCGCCGGGCAGGAAGAGGAAUCUCGCUAUGGGGUUGUUUGGGGCGAUGGCGCCCGUGGGCGCGGCGGGCGCGAGUGUCGUGGCGCCGUUGUUGGUUCAGUUGACGGAGUGGAAGUGGGCGUUUUUUCUGAUUGUGAUUGUUGGGGUGGUGGUUUUCUCUUUGAUGGUGGUGAGCUUGCCGUGGGAUCGGCCUGUUGAUGGGGGUGGGAAGAUUGAUUGGGUUGGGGCGUAUUUGGGGGUGGGAGGGUUGAUUUUGUUCAAUUUUGUGUGGAACCAAGCCCCCGGAGUCGGCUGGACAGAACCCUACAUCUACAUCCUCCUCAUCGUCUCCCUCCUGCACCUCGCCGCCUUCCUCCUCUGGGAAGCCAAAUUCGCCCCCUCCCCCAUCCUCCCCUUCUCCAUCUGGAAAGCGCCCUCCUUCAAACUCAUGCUCCUCAUCGUCUUCUUCUCCUUCAUGUCCAUGGGCAUCUUCCUGUGGUACUUCUCGCUGAUCGGCCUCAACAUCCGGCACUACUCCAUCAUCGAGAACGGCGCCAACUACCAGCCCCUCACCGUCCUCGGCACCGCCGCCGCCUUCCUGUCCGCCUGGCUCAUCCCGCGCCUCCCCGCGCAGUACAUCAUCGCCAUCGGCAACGUCGCCCUCAUCAUCUGCAACGUCCUGCUGGCCACCACCCCGCGGCAUCAGACGUACUGGGCGAUGAUGUUCCCCGCCAUCAUCUGCGCGGCGUUCACGGUCGAUUUCAUCUUCGCGGCCUCGCAGAUCAUCGCGUCCGGCAGCGUGGGCAAGAAACAUCAGGGCGUCGCGGGGUCGCUGAUCGGCACGUUGUUGAGUUAUGGACUCAGUACGGGGCUGGGAUUCGCGGGCACGGUGGAGUCUUAUACGAAUGAUGGGGGGAGGGAUUUGUUGGGUGGGUAUCGACAUGCGCUGUAUCUGGCUAUUGGGAUGGCGGGCUUUGGACUUGUGAGUAGUUUGCUGUUUUUGAGGAUGCCGAAGAAUACGAAGGAGGGGUGGGAUGAGAAGGGGGAUGAGACUGGAGGUGUGGUCUAG